AUGGAGAGCAGACAAGACAUCACAAACCAAGAAGAACUUUGGAAAAUGAAGCCUAGGAGAAAUCUAGAAGAAGAUGAUUAUUUGAAUAAAGACUCAGAAGAGUUCAGCAUGCUGAAAAGACCUGUGCUUUUGCACUUGCACCAAACAACCCAUUUUGAUGAAUUUGAUUGCCCCCCAGAGCUCCAGCACAAACAGAAACUCUUUCCAAAGUGGCGCUUGCCAAUUAAAAUCGCUGCUAUUGUAUCAUCUCUGACUUUUCUCUACACUCUUCUAAGGGAAAUAAUUCACCCUUUGGUGACUUCCCAUCAACAGUAUUUUUAUAAAAUUCCAAUCCUGGUCAUCAACAAAGUCUUGCCAAUGGUUUCCAUCACCCUCUUGGCACUGGUUUAUUUGCCAGGUGUGAUAGCAGCAGUUGUGCAGCUUCAUAAUGGAACUAAGUAUAAGAAAUUUCCACACUGGUUGGAUAGGUGGAUGGUAACAAGAAAGCAGUUUGGUCUUCUCGGUUUCUUUUUUGCUGUACUACAUGCAAUUUACAGUUUAUCCUAUCCGAUGAGGCGAUCCUACAGAUAUAAGUUGCUGAACUGGGCAUAUCAACAGGUCCAACAAAAUAAUGAAGAUGCCUGGAUUGAACAUGAUGUUUGGAGAAUGGAAAUUUAUGUGUCACUGGGAAUUGUGGCACUUGCAAUACUGGCUCUGUUGGCUGUGACAUCUAUUCCAUCUGUGAGCGAUUCUCUGACAUGGAGAGAAUUUCACUAUAUUCAGAGCAAGCUGGGAAUUGUUUCCCUUCUGUUGGGUACAAUACAUGCACUGAUUUUUGCCUGGAAUAAAUGGGUAGAUAUAAAACAGUUUGUAUGGCAUACACCUCCAACUUUUAUGAUAGCUGUUUUCCUUCCAAUUGUUGUCCUGAUAUGCAAAGUCAUACUACUCCUGCCGUGCUUGAGGAAGAAGAUACUGAAGAUUAGACAUGGUUGGGAAGAUGUCACCAAAAUUAAUAAAACUGAGAUGUCUUCUCAGUUGUAG